AAACUCACUCGCAUAUGCAAGUCUACCGUUGAGACGGAGAUGGAUUCGAUGGUUAUUUCUGCGAGGCUUUGCAUUCUUAGCCUGAGCAUGCUCGUUCUAACCUUGUCCUACGCUUCUCACCGAGUUCAUGCACUCCCUUCUCUUCAGCAAGCGCAAGAAGCUCAGCUGCCGGCUCCUCUCAACUCGCCAAGAAAGCUCAGACUCUUCGAGCAAGUCACCAUAAAAGGACAUGACAAAGAAGUUUCUUUGGCGGCGCAAAAGCAGAAAGAAGAUAAAUCGGGUGGGGAUGGCGCUCGGGGCAGAGAACCGGCGACGAUGACGCAUGGGAAGGACAAGAGAGGGACAUGGAGAGAAUGGGUGGAGGGGGCCGACCCGACCCAAUAUUUUACCAUGGAUUAUUCCCAAGUCCGAAGACGACGCCCGAUUCACAACAAGUCCUUGCCGGUUGGUCCAUGAAAAAGCCCUUUGCCACCUUGAUUUCUUGCCCAAGGAAAACAUAUAUGUUUAUAUAUAUAGUCUCUCUUUUUUAGGGCACUCGAAACAAAAAACCCCCCUUGUUCGCCCUACAAAAUUUUGUGAAAGACAGGAAAACCAUGUCUUUUCUGGGAGUAGGGAAAUGAGGGAAGUGUCUCAAGCAUCUCUCUCGUGGCCGACAUUGUCGAGCAAAACCCUAAGCUUUGGACCCCCACCCCGACCACGAGCAUUCCCAUGGUGGCCCUUAUCUCUUCGUCUCGUGCAUGGAAAAGUUUCCGUAGUUUAAUCGAUUCAGGGACAAAAUCAAGUACAGUCCAAGGCCAGUCAAACCGGGUCGAGCGUUCUUUUAGCUCAUGAAACUACGAGAAUGAAUCGAAUUUCGUGCUCGUUAUCAUCUUUCGUGCAAUCUUUGCAUGCCGUACGGUUUGGAAAGUGUGCAUGUGCAUGGGGGACUUUCGGUCCGAGAAUGCUUGACACGAAGCGAUGAUGUUGUUGAACGUUCCGAUGAUUGUACAGAGCCCCCACGGCUAGUUUCAUUCUCAAACGUAGUGAAAAUGGUGGAGUGGGCUUUUCAUG